AUGAAGACAUCGAUCUGCUCUUCCAUAGUAGUUCUCCUCCUCGUCCUCUUACCAACGACGAUCUCUCACAACUACGCCGAUGCUCUCACGAAGUCAAUCCUCUUCUUCGAAGGUCAACGCUCUGGUUAUCUUCCAAGAAAUCAAAGGAUGACGUGGCGUCGUAACUCCGCACUCAACGACGGCAAGAACCUCAAUGCCGACCUCGUUGGUGGUUACUACGACGCUGGAGACAACAUUAAGUUCCACUUCCCGAUGGCUUUUACGGCUACGAUGCUUGCGUGGAGCGCUGUCGACUUCGGUAGUUACAUGUCUCCGGCUGAUCUCCGGGACAACCUCAUUGCUCUCCGGUGGGGCACUGAUUAUCUCCUUAAGACUGUUUCGCAACUCCCUAAUCGCAUCUUCGUCCAAGUAGGUGAAGCAACACCGGAUCAUCAGUGUUGGGAGAGACCAGAGGAUAUGGACACACCACGUACGGCUUACGCAGUGGAAGCACCGAGCCCAGCCUCUGAUCUAGCGGGAGAAAUCACAGCUGCGUUGGCAGCAGCCUCAAUCGCAUUCAAACGAUUUGAUCCAAUAUAUUCUAAAAUAUUGCUCGACAACGCUUUAAAAACUUUUGAGUACGCAGAUUCACAUCGAGGUUCUUAUACCAGUAACCCUGCCACUAAACUUGCCGUCUGCCCAUUUUAUUGUAGUGUAAACGGAUAUGAGGAUGAGCUAUUGUGGGGAGCUGCAUGGCUGAGAAGAGCCACUGGCAAAGAUUCUUACCUUAAAUACUUAGUGGACAAUCGUCAAUCUUUUAGCGCAGAUUCCAAUUACUUUGAGUUUGGAUGGGAUAACAAAGUUGGAGGCGUCAAUGUUCUCGUUGCAAAGGAAGUAUUUGAAAAGGAUGUGGCUGUGAUUGCACCGUAUAAGGAUACAGCGGAAAAAUUGAUGUGUUCGUUUUUUCUGGAAAGUCCCGGUGCACAUAUGAGUUACUCUCCCGGUGGCCUUCUUUACAAACCCGGAAGCAGCCAGCUUCAAAACACCGUCGCAUUGUCUUUUCUCCUCCUCACCUACGCCAAUGACCUCUCUAAAUCCUCUCAACAGCUCCACUGUGGUAGUCUCAUGUUCCAACCGGAUUCUCUCCGUCGCUUGGCCAAACGACAAGUAAGUUAG